AUGAACCGCCACGCUGACAUUCGUGCUCCCGUGCUGCUGAAGCGCCUGCGCGAGGCGAAGAAGGACGUGAGGGCUGGUGAGAAGCCAAGGGCUGUGAAGACGCACCUUCGUGAUGUUGUCAUCACACCCGAAAUGGUGGGCUCCGUGGUCGGUAUCUACAACGGCCGUCAGUUCAACGCGGUGGAGAUUAAGGGUGAGAUGAUUGGACACUACCUUGGCGAGUUCUCCAUGACGUACAAGCCCGUCAUGCACGGUCGUCCUGGUGUUGGUGCCACGCACUCCUCUCGUUUCAUUCCUCUCAAGUAG